UUCAUCUGAGAGUGUCUUCGCAAGAAUUCGACAUUGGAGAGGGCGAGAAGAGAUUUUUUUCUAGCAAUGGCGGGGAGCGGGAACAAAUUCUUAGCUUCAGUAGUGGAAAAGACCUGGAGAGUCCAGGAGAGGGGGUAAAGGUGUAGGUAGGGGUGGUUUUUUAGGUGUGAGGGGAGAGAGAAGAAGAAGCUUUAGACCUUCGAUUGGAAGGUCAUCGGACGAAUUCGGAACUGGGGAGGAACAGGAGUGGUUUAAUUCUAGCGAUGGCGGGGUUAAGGAGGGGUUUCGUAGCUCAAGUGGCGAAAGGAGCUUGGAGGAUUUCAGAGAUAGGGGGAGAGGUGGAGGAGGAAGGAGCGAAGAUUUAGGGAAUUUUACAUUGAGGGAUCAGUUUCGUAGCUCUGUUGGCGAAGGGAAUGGGGAGAGUUUUAGGGGUAGCAGUAGAGAAAUGAAGGGAGGUAGAGGAAGAUUCAGAGAGUUACUUGAUGAUCGAUGGAGAGAAAAUGCCAGCAGACCUCCGAGUCCUUACUACAAGGAUUCCAAUUCAGAGUCUGGAGCCCCUGAACGCUGGAAUUCAACACAGGAGGCCAGAGGGGUGAGAGGGAAUUACAGGAGUAGCGGGCGUGGUAGAGGUGCUUUAGGAGGCCGAGGUGGUUCUUUCAAGGGCGGACGGUCCUCGAGCGACUUUAGAGGGAAUAGAUUUGGUGAGGAUGGUAGAGUUCAGGACUCUAGAGAGAGAUUUGGCGUGAAUUCUCCAAAGACUCCACGACGUGGGCAGUUGUUUGAGGGAGAAGAAAAAUGGCAAAGGAAGGUCAGGAAGAAAAAAGCCCAGACUAGUUUUCUUCAGGACUAUGACGAGAGCCUUAGUGAUGAUCCUGGGGAACGCGGGCGUGGUUAUCAGGAUGUGAAUGAGAAUAACGUAGGAGAAAGUGAAGGAGGCGACGAGGGAGGUGUAGAAGUAUGGAGGAGGAAGAAGAUUGGUUGGCUAUGCAAAGAGAUUCCAGCUCUGAGACCUGGUGGCAUCGUAACAAUGUUGAAUUCGCAAAGGAAAUGGAUCAAGGCUGUCGACGCCAAGGAAGUGGUGGAAACUCUCAUGCGUCGUGAUGAAAUUUUGCGUGCUUACAGAGUUUUGAAGUGGACCAUGCAGCAACCGUGGUACGAGAAUGACUUCGAUUUGAACACGAAAAUGGUUAAUACAUUGGGUACCAAAGGCAAGCUAAUGCGCAUGCGUGAGCUGUUUGAUACCAUUAUUGCAACUGGGGCCGUUCCUGAUAUUUCAACGUACAUUAUAUUGAUCAAAGCUGACAUUGCAGAUGGAUCAGGAGACUCUCUUGAUCAUGCUUUUGCAAUCUACAAUCAGAUGGAGCAGCUUGGAGGCUAUCAACAGCCAGCAGCAUUGGCAUACACCCUUUCCCAGGCCUUCACUGACCGCAAAGGAGCGACGCAUAUUAGAAAUCUUCUCAAAGCAGAUGCUUUAUUCGAGAAUAUGAGGAAAAAAAGUGUUUUGUGGUGUAUGGGUCUGAAUUCAACCCAGUGGGCUGUAAUUUUUUCUGGAGUAAUACAUAUGCACAGUUUUCAGGGCAACGUGGCAAGGGUUAAAGACUUAGUUGCGGAUAUGAAAGAGGCAGCAUUGCCUUUAAGCCGUGAUUGUUAUACCGCAUUAAUAAGAGUAGCUGCAAAGGAUGGUAAUAUUACUGAAGCUGAGAGUGUCUUCAAAGAUCUUCUAUCUGCCGGUCACCAACCGGACUGGCGGAGUUACAUUUCUCUCAUUGAGACCUAUGGCGCAGGAGGCCUGCCCGACAAAGUGCAGAGCACUUUUGAUAAAAUGGUAGCGGAGGGGAUCCAUAUUAAUUUGAAUGUGUAUCAAGCAGUGAUUAAAGCAAUGAUCAAAAUGGGGAGUAUAGAGGGAGCACUAUCUGCACUUGAGAAGGCUGAGGAAAAGUUUUCUUUCGCGUUGCACAACUCAUACAAUCUUUUAAUGGAAUGGUAUAGAAGCAAGGAUAUGCUGGUCGACGUUGAGGUGGUAGUUGAGCGUAUGAAGGAAAAGAAGUGCCGACCCAAUCUUCAGGCUUACAAUAAUCUAAUUGAGUCUUUUAUCCUUCGAGGGCAACUGGAUAAAGCUGAAGGGGUUUACGAGGACAUGAAUAAUAAAGGAUUUCAGCCGAACCUGCAAACAUACUGCUUGAUGAUAGAAGCAUUCUCGAGAGCAGAACGUCACGAGAGAGUGAAGGACUGUUACGCCCUUCUUACAGAACGGAAAAUGGUACUCCCUGACGAGACAAUGAUUUACGUUGCGGAUGUAGUAGGGGAGAAAAAAGUUGCUGAAGGAGAGAAAAAGGAGAUAGUGAAACGGAAGUUAGUGCCGAAGCAGAGGCAGAUACUGGUUGGGGUUUUAUUGGGAGGGGCUCAAAUAAUUUCCCAUGAUUGUAAUCGGACAUAUGAGGUCUGUUUUAAACUUACUGAUGCAACAGAGGCUGGUCCAAUUCUGAUCAAUCACUUGUAUGACAUGUUCGCUGAUUGGUCACAGCAAGCACCACGUAUGGAAGUGGACGAUGAUCUCGGCAAGAAAUACCAUUUUUCCACUGUUAGUCAUGUCUCGCUCCAAUUUUAUGCUCAACAGUAUCGACCAGAGGGACAGCCAGUGAUUCCUAGGUUAAUUCACAGAUGGUUAAAUCCUCUAUCGCUAGCAUACUGGUACAUGUAUGGGGGUGAGAAGUGUAAGGAAACGAGAGGAAUUAUCUUGAAUGCCUGUCAAUAUACUUCGAUGGAGCUCACUCUCGUCGUAAAAUCACUGAAAGCUGGAACUGUUGAUUGCUUCGUAAGGAAGCGAAGGUCUGGGAACGUUUUAUGCUUCACGGGUGAGUCUGCUGCGAGGAUUUGGAAACUCAUGGAACCUCAUAUUUUGGACGAGGUGAAGGAUUUGUUGAGGCCGGAUAUUUCGUCUUCUAUGGAUGAUACUGGGCUGAAAGACGAGCCUGAAGCGUUUGAUGACGAGUUAGAAUUGAAGGUGACGAAUGAAGACGACCUGGUAAAUGAGGACAAUUUCAUGAGAACCGAUAUUGGGGUUACUUAUAAUAACGAUUCUGACCUAGAUACUUGAUAAAGCUUUAUGCUUUUCCUGCUCUAGCCAUCGAAAGCGCUACUUUGCUCACCUUUCACUAAAGAUCAAUUCACUUGCUGAAAAGUAGCAUACACUGGUUACUUCAUUACUGUAUAAUACAUGAUACUAUUUUGUCUGUUUUUACAAAGAAUGUAUUAAUACGAUCCGGUGUAAAAUACGUAUCACGCUGUUACCACAAAUUAAACAUUGAAAUUGGUAGGGCCUCACCACCAGAACCACGUAUUUAGCUUAAAUGUAGAAAUAAGGAUAUCUUUGACACAAUUGUAGACCAGUCAUGAAAUUGUAGAUCAGACUUGGGAUAAGAGGAGUAUUAGCGUCUCUCUUUCUGAUGAUGUACACGCCGCCGUUGCAAGAGAUUUUGUUCAUACCUA